UAUGAGGAGGAGAGGCAGCAGCAGGGCGCGUUCAGGACGCUCCAUGCCCAGCGAGCGCGCAGAAUCCACUCCUGGUUUUGCUGCUCCGCUCCUCACACAGCGUAGACUCUAUUAUACCUCCACUGACUCUCGGCGCUCCAGUAUUGCUGUGCAAGCAGAUGUUUCCAGUUUUGACGGUGCUCGCAUUUGGAGGAGGAGGAGGAGGAGGCAUCCUUUAGCGCGAAGGCUCGCAAAGUGGCACGAAACAACAGAAACUGCCGCGACUCCCGGCUCAGUGUCAGACGGAGGAGAGUUGUCACAGCAGCAGCUGCGAGAAAGACAAGAGAGAAAAAGGGGGGAGAGCGAAGGAGGCAGCACUUUAUUUACCACACCUGUGAUGCGUUGUUCAGAGCAACGGAGACGCAAGAGACCGGGAUACUGAUGGCCACGGCUCAGCGGGAGGAUAUGUGCUGAGGAAAAAGACUUGGGCGUUGUGUGUGUGUGUGUGUGUGAGUGAGAGAGAGAGAGAAAGAAAGAAAACAGGCGUCUACAGCCACAGAGGACACUCUCCGGACCUGAGGAAAACUCAGCGCGACAGUGUUUCUCCUCUGCCUCUGACACCUUUUUUAAAACUUAAGUGAUCAUUAAAGAAGAGAAAAAGAAAAACCCGCUCGAAGAUGCCCUUACUCCCGGGCCCCUUUGUCCGCCGCAGGUUCAGCGCUGCGCUACUUGUGCUGUGGCUCAUGUUCGCUGGCUUCACCUGCUCUGGUUCUGAGCACACGGCCACAGCAACACUCCCUGCCGCCUUCUCAGAUCUAUUACCUCACUUCCUGGUGGAGCCAGAGGAUGAGUACAUUGUGAAGAACAAGCCGGUGACGCUGACCUGCCGCUCCACUCCAGCCACACAGAUCUACUUCAAGUGCAUCGGCGAGUGGGUGCACCAGGACGACCAUUUGAUCGAGCGGACCAUUGACCCCGCCACAGCUCUGCCAGUCAUGCAGGUGACAAUUGACAUAACCAGACAGCAGGUGGAGAAGAUCUUCGGUCUUGAUGAGUACUGGUGUCAGUGUGUCGCCUGGAGCACCACAGGCACCCAGAAAAGCCAAAAAGCAUACAUCAGGAUCGCUUACCUAAGAAAGAACUUUGAGGUGGAGCCGCAGGGUAAAGAGGUGGCAUUGGACCAGGAGGUGUUACUGCGCUGCCUUCCCCCCGAGGGAGUGCCACAAGCCGAGGUGGAGUGGCAGAGGAACGAGGAUUUGAUUGACCCAGCAAGCGACCCCAAUUUUUUCAUCACGGCUGACCACAAUCUUGUCAUCAGAAAGGCCCGUCUGGCAGACACGGGCAACUACACGUGUGUGGCCAAAAACAUUGUUGCCCGCCGCAAGAGCAACUCCGCCACAGUCCUUGUCUAUGUCAACGGCGGCUGGUCCACUUGGACCACCUGGUCGUCCUGCAGUGCUGUGUGUGGGCGUGGCUGGCAGAAGAGGAGUCGGAGCUGCACCAACCCCACGCCACUGAAUGGAGGCACAUCCUGUGAGGGGCAGAACGUCCAGAAAAGUGCCUGUGUGGCCACCUGUCCAGUGGAUGGAGGCUGGAGUGAGUGGAGCAAGUGGUCGGCUUGCGGCGCUGACUGUUCAAUGUGGAGGAGCAGGGAGUGCACCCAGCCCUCACCUGGCACUGGGGGUAAAGACUGCCAGGGGCUUGACCUCCAGUCGCUCAACUGCACCAGCGAGCAGUGUCCACAGACUGUAAGUGGAGCCGAAGACGUGGCGCUCUACGUUGGCAUGGUGGCGGUGGCCCUGUGUCUGACACUCCUGCUCAUCGUGGUGGUGAUGGUUUACCGGCGAAAGAAGGAGGGACUGGAUGCUGAUGUGGCCGACUCCUCGAUUCUCACCACUGGCUUCCAGCCCAUGGGCAUCAAGCCCAGCAAGCCAGGUGUGUGGGCACCGCGGCCACGCAGGCCUCCCCCCCACAGCAAGAAUUCCCACUUGCUCACUAUCCAGCCUGAUCUCACCACCACCACCACCAGUUACCAGGGCACACUGCGCUCUCGCCACGAUGCCACUGGGAAGUUUUCUAUGACCAACGGGCCUCUGCUGGACCCACUCCCCAACGGCUCACACACUCUGCACAAUGGCAAGCUUAACGCAGACCCUGCUGAAUUUGUGAGCAGGCUGUCCUCUCAGAGUUACUUCAAAACUCUGCCCCGUGAUGUGGCCAACACCUCCUAUGGGACCUUCAACUUCCUGGGAGGGAGGCUGACAAUCCCCAGCACGGGAAUCAGUCUGCUCAUUCCUCCCGAGGCCAUCCCCAGAGGAAAGAUCUAUGAGAUUUAUCUCACUGUUCAGAGGAAGGAAGAUUUAAGGUUACCAUUGGCUGGCUGCCAGACCCUGCUUAGCCCCGUUGUGAGCUGUGGCCCCCCAGGAGUGGUCCUGAGCCGACCGGUUAUCCUCAGCAUGGACCACUGCUCCGAUGCGUGCCUCGAUAACUGGGCUGUGCGCCUGAAGAAGCAGAACUACGAGGGCGCAUGGGAGGAUGUCCUGCUUAUGGGGGAGGAGCUUGUGGCUGAGCCCUAUCACUGCCAGCUCGAGGCCGAGACGUGCCGACUGUUCUCCGAGCAGCUGGGCACCUUUGCCGUGGUGGGAGAAUCCCUGCACAUGGGUGCUGCCAAACGCCUGAGGCUGGUGCUCUUCUCCGACGCGUACUGCUCCACGCUGGAGUACAACAUCAGGGUGUACUGCAUGGAUGACACGCAUGACGUCUUCAAGGAGGUGAUGCAGAUGGAACAGCAGCUCGGGGGUCGGCUGAUUGACGAGCCACACGUCCUGCUUUUCAAAGACACUUACCACAACCUGCGCUUGUCCAUCCAUGACAUGCCCCAGGCGCACUGGAGGAGCAAGCUGCUAGCUGGGUACCAGGAGAUCCCGUUCUAUCACAUCUGGAACGGUUCCCAGCGGUACCUGCACUGCACGUUCACUCUGGAGCGGCUCAGUCUCAGCACCUGCGAGCUCACCUGCCAGCUGUGUGUGUGGCAGGUGGAGGGGGAGGGCCAGAGCUUUAGCCUUGACUUUAACAUUGCCAAGGACACCCGAGCUGUGGACUCAGAGUUCCUGCUGAUGGACAGUAACGCCACAGCUCUGGCAGGGCCCAGCGCCUUUCAGAUCCCGUACCUCAUCAGGCAGAAGAUCUGCAGCAGCCUGGAUGCCCCCUGUCCCAACGGAGCUGACUGGAGAAUGCUCGCACAAAGACUUAAACUUGAGAGACACAUGAGUUUCUUUGCAUCCAAAGCAAGCCCAACCUCUAUGAUCCUGGACCUGUGGGAGGCACAACAUUUCCACAGCGGCAACAUCAACCAGCUGGCCUCAGUCAUGGCUGACAUUGGCAAACAGGAAGCCAUGAUAUUCUUGGUCUCUGAUGGCGAGUGCUAACUCAGAAACUGGAGAGAGACUGGUAUAGGGAAAAGAAAAGAACACAACUAACAACACAAAAAAAAAAUACCACAGCAGGAAUUGAACAGCAGAGCUGUCCCAGUGUCCCUCCUCUUCACUUUAGAAGAUAGUAAAUGCUUUGCGAUGGAUUGUAAGUCCCUAUGUCCCUCUGAAAAUCUUUAAAUGACUGACCAAAUGUGGGGAAAGGUAGAGCUGAGGUAUUUUAUGAACAGUCUCAAUAAAUGAAAACCCUUUAUUUUCCAUUAACGAUUAAAUUAGUCCACAUCCUGGUUAAAGAUCACUUUAAAUUGACUUUAGGCCUUUUUCACAAAUAAGCGAACAAGGAGCAAUAUGCAAACAUGCGGCUAUUUUUAAUGUCCAAUAUUGCAAACUCAACAAAUCAUCUCUGAGCUGAUGUAUUAAAUACGAGAGGAAAAGAAAAGGGAUGUGUGACAGAAGGUGCCAGUCAUUUCAGGGUCGAGAGAGCGAGCAACAUAUGCAACUGACAGGUUGGUUUAUGACAUUAUCUCACACUGAUUCACAUUUUCAACAAGGUCAUCAGGGUCCGUACACAUCCCCUCACGUCCACUCCCAAAACCCACUGACUGUAUUGAUGGACAUCUAUGUGUCGGAUGAUUCUUAAAAACUCACACGGGCAGCUUGUAGCACAUUCUGGACUUGCAGGUUUAAAACAGAUUGUAUGUCAGAGGCCCCCCCCCCC